UUUUUUUUUGUUGUUUGCAGUAAAGUUGUUUGUUUUUCAUUUUCUAUAUUGAAGAAAAAAUCAUUGAAAAAAUCGUCAAGUAAGGUCAAAUCGAUUCAACAAUUCGAUCGAUUUGAAAAUGAUGAUUUAAUCCGCGCCAAAAACAAAACCCUAAUCGAAAUUGGAAAAUGUUUGGUGAUCAAAAUUCAUUGAAUCAAAAUUCAACAUCAUUUAUUGUUACAAAAAUGUUGACCAAACACGGUGAAAAAGAAUUAUUAAUCAUGAAGAAUAAAGAACAUGAAUCAUGGAUUCAUUGUUUUCUUCAGGAAAUUCAACAAUCCAAUUCAUCAUCAUCAUCAACAACAUCAUCAUCAAAUCAAUCACAAUCAUUAUCAUCAUCAUCACGUGAUCGUACAUUAUCCGGAUCAUCGGAUUCAACAAUUCGUGAUGAUUUUAAAAGAAAAAAACGUGCCAUACUUAAACUGCAACAACAUUUACAACAGGAUAUGUCCGAUGAACAACGUAAACAAUUUUAUGAUUUUGCCUUAACACGUAUAUUUGAUUUAAUGGUCGGUGUAUCGGCUUCCAAUUUGAAUGAUAUAAAAUCUGGUAUAAUGUUGAUGUGUAUAUUGUUGGAUGCACCAACAUUGGAAAAAAAUCGGCCUCCGAUUUGUGCACCAUUUGCUAAUCAUCUGCGUAAUGUAAAUCUCAGUUCAUUUGAUUUAGAAUUAUUAGAUUUGAUUGCUUGUGCUGUUGGUAAAAUUGCGCUGAAUUCUGGUUCAUCAACACCGAAUUUUGUUGAAUUUGAAAUACGUCGUGCUAUUGAAUUGAUUGGUAAUGAAAAAAAUGAUCUCCAAAAACGUCAUUCAGCUAUUUUGAAUCUUCGUGAAUUAGCCAAUGUAACACCAUCAUAUUUUUUUAAUCAUGUUAUGCAUAUUUUUGAAAAUAUUUUCAUUGCAAUUUAUGAACCAAAACUUCGUGAACCAGCUAUUGCAGCAUUAAGAUCGGCAUUAUCGGUUGUUGUACAACGUGAACGUCUUGCAUCAAGUAUUUCAUCCGCAUCAUCAUCAUCAUCUGCGUCUGCAUCCACAUCAUCGACAUCAAAAUCAUCAUCAACAGCCGUACGUUCACGUAUCGAUCAACAAAUACCAAUGUGUUAUGAACUUUGUUAUAAUGAAAUAAUUAAAAGUUUUGAAGAACGAGAUCGUUCCGCAAAAGAUCGUGAUGAUCGUAUACAUGCUGCAUUAUUAAUUUUAAAUGAAUUAAUACGUUGUUCACAUGAUUCAUCAAUCAUAUUUCGUGAUUCAUCAAUUAAUCGUCAAUUAGAUUUUCUUUAUAAUAAUCUUCGUGAAUUGAAUGAUUUGAAUACAUUUUAUUUUUCAAAUUAUUUAUUCUAUGAUUUUGAUUAUCCAUUAUCAUUUGAUUUGAUUGGUCAGAAUAUUUCAUCAUCAUCAUCAUCAUCGAAAAAAUCACAGAAUAACAGUAGCAGCAACAACAAUACUGAUCAUCUAACUGAUUGGCAUUAUGGUUAUUUAACAAAAUUAUUUCGAAAUUAUCAAAAUCUAGAUUCAUCAUCAAUGCCAUUAAUGUAUGGUCUACGAACAUUACAAUCAAUGGUAAAUUAUCAUAAAGAAAUGGGUUCAGCUCCGAUAUUAUCAUUUUUUCAUAAACGUAAAUUUACCAAAUUAAGUACAAUUUGUUAUCAAUUAAUACAAAAUCAUUUUGAUAUAAUUUGUUUACAUUUAAUUUCAUUAUUGAAAUUAAAAAAUUCUAUACAAAUUAAUCAAGUUUUAUUAUUGGUAUUACCAUCAUUAACAUCAUUGAAUCCAAAAUAUUUUUCCAAAACUGGUCAAUAUGUUAAUGAUUCUAUACAAUAUUUAUUGAUUUGUAUUAAAAAUCAAUCAUUACGUUCAUUAGCAUUUAUAUCGUUGGGUUUAUUUGCAUUAUCAAUAAAAGAUGUAUCGGAAAAUGCUAUUGAUCAACAUUUACCAUUAAUGAUUAGUCAGAUUCGUCAAUUUUUCCCGGCAAAAGAUCAUUUGAAUCAACAAUCAACACCAUCAUCAACAUCGAAAAAACAUCGACAACAAUCAUCGAUAAAUAAUCAUAUUGUACCGGAUCCAGCUGUAUUUACUUGUUUAUCAUUUAUUGCACAAGCUGUUGGUAGAAAAAUUCGUUUAGAAAUAGCUGAAAUGUUACCAUCAAUGUUUGUAAAUGGUCUUAGUGAACCAUUAGUAAAUUCAUUAUAUGAUAUUUGUAAAUAUAUUCCUGAACUUAAAAGUGAUAUACAUGAAUUAUUAUUGAAAAUAUUGAGCAAAAUUAUAAUGGAUCGUCCAAUGAUACGACCAAAAUUAUUGACAGCUGAUGGUGGUAGUAGUCAAUCAUUUUUAUCAUUAUCAGCUCAUAGUCUUAGUCAUGGUGGUGGUUCAAUUGAUCGUUUAAUAAUGGAUUCAUCAUCAUCAUCAUCAUCAUCGAUAACAAUGUCGGCCAAUGAUUUGGAAACAUUAAAAUUAGCAUUAAAAGUUUUGGGAAGAUUUGAUUUUAAACCAAGAUAUUUUUUUAUGUUUUUACCACGUUGUGCAAAUCAAUAUUUAAUGCAUGAAAAUCGUGAAAUACGUUUAGAAGCAGUACAUACUUGUUGUCAAUUAUUGAAACCAUUUUUAAAACCAAAUAAUGGUUUUGAAAAAAUGACUAAAGAUGUAUUACAAAAAUUAUUAAUAGUUGGUAUUACUGAUCAAGAUAAAUUUGUUCGUUAUUCUGUAUUAUCACGUUUGGAUGAAUAUUUUGAUUAUUAUCUUGCACAGGCUAUUAAUCUUGAAUCAUUACAAUUAACUGUUUAUGAUGAAUGUUUUGAAAUACGUGAAUUAGGUGUUUGUAUAAAUGGUCGUUUAUCAAGUUUAAAUCCAGCAUAUGUAAUGCCAUUUUUAUUACGUGUUUUGUUACAAUUUUUAAGUGAAUUCGAACAUUCUGGUAUUGCAAAAAAUCUGGAACAAUCAGCCAGAAUGUUAGGACAUUUAUUAGCUUCUGCGCCAAGAUUUUCACGGCCAUAUACUGAACCAAUAUUGAAAGUUUUUCUACCAAAAUUACGUGAUCCACAGCAAUCACAAGCCGUGAUAACAGCUGUAAUGAGUGCUGUUGGUGAAUUGGCUAUUGUUUCCGGUUUAGAAAUGCGUGCAUAUUUUUAUGAAUUAUUUCCAAUAAUAUUGGAUGCCGUACAGGAUACAAAUUCAUUUCAAAAACGUGAAAUUGCCUUAUGGACAAUGGGUAGAUUGAUUGAAAAUUGUGGCUAUGUUAUUGAACCAUAUUCCAAAUUUCCAACAUUAAUGGAAGUUUUGUUUUCGAUUAUGAAAUCUGAACCAACCAAAUCAUCACAAUUAAUAAGACGUGAAACAAUACGUGUUCUUGGAUUAUUGGGUGCUGUUGAUCCAUAUUGUCAUAAAAUUAAUAUGGGAUUUAUUGAUUUAUCGGGUGAAUCAUUAAUCAGUUAUGAUCCUGCACUUGAACAAGAAGCAAAUUCAUAUGAAAUGAUUUGGGGUACAUUUUCAAGUGAUGAUUUUUAUAGUUCACAAGCCAUAAAUACAUUGAUUGCUGUAAUGAAAGAUCCACAAGCAUCAAGUCAACAUACAAUGGCUGUACAGGCAAUGGCAUUCAUAUUUAAUGUAUUAAAAGUACGUUCAGUACCAUAUCUACCAAAUAUAUUACCACCAUUUAUUAAUAUUAUACGUACGGGUGAUCCAAAAAUUCGUGAAUUUCUCCUUCAACAAUUAGGACAGAUAAUAUCAGCUGUAAAAAAACAUAUACGUUCAUAUUUAGAUGAUAUAUUUAAAGUUUUACGUGAAUUAUGGACAACAAAUAAUUCAACAAUGCAAUUAACAUUAUUUAAUGUUGUUGAUCAAAUGGUAUUGGCAUUAGGUUCAGAAUUUCGUAAUUAUGUACCACAUUUAAUACCACAUAUAUUAAAAGUAUUUAAUCAUGAUGCUAGUCCACAAAAAGAAGUAACAAUAAAAUUAUUAUCGGCAUUACAAAAUUUUGGUAUUACAUUAGAAGAUUAUAUACAUUUAAUGAUAACACCGAUAUUAAAAUUAUUUGAAAUACAAUCAUUACCUGGUUCAACACCUAUCGAACAAAAACGUGAUUCUGAUCUAAGAAUAUUGGCUAUAAAAACUAUUGAAACAUUUUGUCGUGAUUUAUCGUUGAAAGAAUUUGCACCACGUAUAAUACAUUCAUUAGUGAAAACAAUUGAUGAUAAUCCAAAUGAUAAACGUUUAUUUCAACAAGCAAUGGAUACAUUAUGUCGUAUUGUAUUUCAAUUAGAUUUAAAAUUUAAAAUUUAUUUAACAUUAGUAUCAAAAGUUUUACAAAAACAUAAAUUAUUUCAUGAUAAAUAUGAAUUAUUGGCGGAUAAAAUACAAAAUGAUAUUACUAUUAGUGAAAUGAAUCCGGAUGCAUUAUUAUUACCGGCAAAUCUUGUUCGAAAAGCCGGUGUUAAUCGUCGUAAUUAUGAAAGUGAAUCACAACAACAACAACAACAACAACCAGGUCAAACAGAUACAAAACGUGCAACAUUAUCAUUGGAAGAACUUAAACAUGCAUGGAAUCAAUGUUCACGUCGUAUUUCAAAAGAAGAUUGGUUAGAUUGGUUAAGAAAAUUUAAUGUUGAUCUAAUUAAAGAAUCACCAUCACUUUCAUUACGUUCUUGUUUUCCAAUUGCACAAUCAUGUAAUAAUGUUGCACGUGAAUUAUUUAAUCCAGCAUUUUGGUCAUGUUGGAAUGAAUUGAAUUCAGCACAGAAAAAAGAAUUGGUUACAUUAUUGGAAGAAACAAUGAAAGAACAAGAAGUACCUGAAGUUACUGGAAUUCUAUUGAAUUUAGCCGAAUUUCUUGAACAUAUUGAUCAAGGACCAUUAUUAUUUGAUGUAAAAAUACUUUCGGAACGUGCAAUGAAAUGUCGUGCAUAUGCAAAAGCAUUACAUUAUAAAGAAAAAGAAUUUCAAGAACGACCAACAACUGAAAAUCUUGGUGCAUUAAUAACAAUCAAUAAUAAAUUACAACAACCACAAGCUGCAUAUGGUUGUCUGGCAUAUGCAUUAAAAUCAACUGAAAUUAAUGAUAUUGAAAUAAAAGAAAAAUGGUUUGAAAAAUUACAUAAUUAUGAAAGUGCAUUUAUUGCAUAUAAAAUGCGUUAUGAACAAAAUGGACAAGAUCAUGAUGCAUUACUUGGCCAAAUGAGAUGUUUAGAAGUAUUAUCCGAAUGGGAAAGAUUAUAUACGCUGUCACAGCAAACAUUUAAUGAUGUUAGUGAAUAUUAUCAACAACGUAUGGCAAGGAUGGCUGUUACAGCAACAUGGAGUUUAAAUCAAUGGGAUGAAAUGAUUGAAUAUGCAAGAUAUAUACCUACGGAUUCAUUUGAAUCAGCAUUCUAUGAAGCAGUUAUUCGUGUACAUCAAGAAGAUUUUCAACAAGCACAAUAUUUUAUUGAUAAAUCACGUGAACUUAUUGAUACGGAUUUAACAUCAAUGGCAGGUGAAUCAUAUCAACGUGCAUAUCCAGCAAUGGUACAAGUACAAAUGAUGAGUGAAUUAGAAGAAGUUAUUCAAUAUAAAUUAGUACCCGAACGACAAGAAAUGAUUCGUCAAAAAUGGUGGCAACGAUUACAAGGUUGUCAACGACAAAUUGAAGAUUGGCAAAAAAUUUUACAAAUACAUUCAUUGGUUCUUAAACCACAAGAAGAUAUGCGUGCAUGGUUAAAAUUUUCAAAAUUAUGUGAAAAAAAUCAUCGUUUAGAUUUAUCAUUCAAAACUAUUGUCAAAUUAAUGGGAACUAAUCCAACAAAAUUAAUACAACAAAAUCAUCAAUUACCAAUAACAUAUCCCGAAGUUACAUUAAAAUUUAUUGAACAUUUAUGGAAUAGUGGUCGUUAUAAACGUGCUUAUAUUGAAUUACAACGUUUUUGUCAACGUUUAGAAGAAGAGAAUAGUGGUGUAAAUGUAGCCGCACAAUUAAAUCAAAAUCAAAAUCAUUUACAACAAAGAUUUAAUAUUAAUCUACAAGAUGAUUCAAUGACCAAUACAACAACAACAACAACGACUACAACAGCAGCAGAUAUUUUAACAACAAAUAAUAAUGAUUAUAUGUAUGCACAUAUAGCACCUGAUGCACAUAUGUCACCUGAAGCUAUUAAUAAAGUAUUAUCACGUGCAUAUCUUAAACGUGGUCAAUGGGAAGAAUUUCUAUUGGAUUUUGAUCAUGUAUCAAUACCAUCAAUUCUUGAAUCAUAUAAAAAAGCAACACAACGUGAUCUGCAAUGGUAUAAAGCAUGGCAUACAUGGGCUUUUAUGAAUUUUCGUGCAUUAAAAUUUUGUAAAGAAUUAUUACCUGAAGUAAGAAAAAAUAUUGAUCAUCCAUUGGAUGUAUUGGGUAAAUAUGGACCACGUUUAAAACCAAAAGAAUUUGCAAUCAAUGCUGUUCGGGGAUUUUUUCAAUCAGUUGCAUUCUGUCGUAAUGGUUCAUCAUUACAGGAUACACUUAGAAUUUUAACCAUUUGGUUUGAAGAUGGUUAUGAUGAUACUAUUCGUGCAGCUGUUGAAGAAGGUAUAAAAAGUGUAUCGAUUGAAACAUGGUUACAGGUGAUACCACAAUUGAUUGCACGUAUAGAUAUGCCACAUGUUCCAGUGGCUAAAUUGAUUCAUACACUUUUAACCGAUAUUGGUAAAUAUCAUCCACAAGCAUUAAUAUAUCCAUUAACAGUUGCAUCAAAAUCAUCGAAUGAAGCACGUAGUGAAGCAGCUAAUACAAUCUUAGUUCUUAUGCGUGUUCAUUCACCAAAUCUAGUAAAACAAGCUGUACUAGUUUCUGAAGAAUUAAUACGUAUAGCAAUAUUAUGGCAUGAACUUUGGCAUGAAGGUUUGGAAGAAGCAUCUCGUCUUUAUUUUGGUGAUAAAAAUGUUGAUGCAAUGUUUGAAACAUUAGAACCAUUACAUAAAAUGAUUGAACGGCAGCCAAGUACACGUAAAGAAUUGACUUUUUAUCAAAAUUAUGGUCAAGAUUUAGCACAAGCUUAUCAAUUAUGCCAAAAUUAUAAAAUAACCCUUGAAACAAAGAAUCUAACACAAGCAUGGGAUAUUUAUUAUCAUGUUUUUAAACGAAUUUCUCGUCAACUUCCACAAUUAACAUCGUUAGAGCUUGAAUAUGUAUCACCAAAAUUGACUGAAUGUAGUAAUUUGGAAUUAGCCGUACCCGGAUCAUAUAGUCCACAUAAUGAAUUGAUACGAAUAGCCAAAGUUGAAACACAAUUGAAUAUAAUUAUUUCAAAACAACGUCCAAGAAAAUUAACAAUAAAAGGUUCGAAUGGACAUAAUUAUAUGUUUUUAUUGAAAGGACAUGAAGAUUUACGACAAGAUGAACGUGUUAUGCAAUUGUUUGGUUUAGUCAAUACAUUGCUUAAUUCAGAGGAUGCAACAUCCAGACAAAAUUUAGCCAUUCAACGAUAUGCUGUGAUUCCAUUAAGUCCCAAUUCCGGUUUAAUUGGUUGGGUACCAUGUUGUGAUACACUUCAUUCCUUAAUACGUGAUUAUCGUAAUAAACGUAAAAUUUUGCUCAACAUGGAACAUCGAUUAAUGUUACGUAUGGCUCCUGAAUAUGAUCGUUUAGCAUUAUUACAAAAAGUAGAAGUAUUUGAACAUGCAUUAGAACAUACACCUGGUGAUGAUUUGGCAAAAAUUUUAUGGGUUCGUAGCCCAUCAUCCGAAGUUUGGUUUGAUCGACGAACAAAUUAUACAAGAAGUUUAGCUGUCAUGUCAAUGGUUGGUUAUAUAUUGGGAUUAGGUGAUCGUCAUCCAAGUAAUCUAAUGCUUGAUCGUAAUUCUGGUAAAAUUUUACAUAUUGAUUUUGGUGAUUGUUUUGAAGUAGCUAUGACAAGAGAAAAAUAUCCGGAAAAAAUUCCAUUCAGAUUAACAAGAAUGUUAAUCAAAGCAAUGGAAGUAACUGGUUUGGAUGGAACAUUUCGAACUACUUGUCAACAAGUAAUGAUGUGUUUACGUAAAAAUAAAGAAUCUUUGAUGGCCUUACUCGAGGCAUUUGUUUAUGAUCCAUUACUUAAUUGGAGAUUGAUUGAAGCUCAACCAAAAUCAAAAACUGAUCUUAAUAGCAAAAAACCUGUGGUCAAUUUAACAGCAAAAGAUUCGAAUAAUAAUCGUCAUCGUCAUCAUCAUCAUCCGGAUGCUCAUCCAAUGAAAGGUGUAAUGGAUGUGGUGGAUGAAGAAAGUUCUUCAAAUCUGGAUCAACCACCACAAGGACCAUCUGCUACAGUAUUACAUCAAGCCGAUGAUAAUCAAGAUGUUGGCGGCAAUGAUAUUAUUCAUCAUCAUCCACGUGGUCAUCCACAACGAUUAUCAUCGAUCAAACGAAUCGUAUCGAUACAGAAUGCUGAACAACGACGACUUGAUUAUUAUCUUGAUGAAGGUCUUAAUUCAAAAGCUGUUGCUGUUAUUGAACGUGUCAAUGAUAAACUUACUGGACAUGAUUUUGGCAGCAGUAGCCGUGUAUGUAGCGUUAAUUCACAAGUCGAACAAUUGAUCAAACAGGCUACCAAUCAUGAAAAUCUUUGCCAAUGUUAUAUUGGUUGGUGUCCAUUCUGGUAACCAGAUAAUCAUUUGUUUUCUUCUAACAAAACACAUAAUAUUCUCUGUUGAAUCAAAUUGAAAUUUAAAAAAAAUUGUUUUUCUUGAAAUCUUUUUUUUCUUUGGGUCACACA